CCGGCCUGUCGGAGAGGCGUCCUUCAGGAGUCUGGCGGGCCUAGAGGAAAAGAAAAGUCAAUUGGGCGGGGCUGGAGCUUCUGAGUCUUUCCGUCCCUGCGACCUCCCGGGCGAGGAGUGACAGCCGCACUGACCGAGCAAUGGGUCUGCUGUCCGAGUUGAAGCUGGCUGUGCCCUGGGGCCACAUUGCUGUCAAACUCUGGGGCUCCCAGAAGAACCCUCCAGUGCUCUGCCUGCAUGGCUGGCUGGACAAUGCCAAUUCCUUUGACAGGCUUAUUCCUCUUCUUCCACAAGAUUUUCAUUAUGUGGCCAUGGAUUUCGGAGGUCAUGGGCUUUCAUCCCAUUACAACCCAGGCUUCCCGUAUUGCCACCAAAAUUUUGUGAGUGAGGUCCAGAGGGUGGUAACAGCCUUUAAAUGGACGCGAUUCUCCCUCCUGGGCCACAGUUUUGGUGGCACUGUGGGCGGCAUGUACGCCUGCAUCUUCCCAGAGAUGGUGGACAAACUUAUCUUGCUGGACUCAACACCCUUUCUCCUGGACUCUAAUGAAAUGGAGAACAUCCCACUCUACAGACGGAGGAACAUAGAACACAUGCUGCAGGUGGAAGCUUCCCAGAAGCCCCCGAAGGUGUCCAGCCCCGAGGAAGUGCUGCAGAGGACCCUGAAUAACAACAGCCACUUAAGUAAAGAGUGUGGGGAACUCCUGCUGCAGAGAGGAACCACGAAGGUGGCCACAGGGCUGGUGCUGAACAGGGACCGGAGACUGUCUUUGCCAGAGAAUAGCUUUGACUUCGUGAGCAAGGAGAUGUUCAUGCACCUUACCAGGAACCUUCAGGCCAAUGUGUUGCUGAUCAAAGCAACAGAGGGGUACUACGAUGUGAGAAGAGCCAAUGAUGAGAAGAAGGAGCCCCUGUUCUUCAUGGUGGACACACUAAACACCAUCCUAAAAGAGCGGUUCCAGCUUGUGAAAGUCCCAGGCAAUCACUACGUCCACAUGAACAAGCCCCACCUUGUGGCGGGAACCAUCAGCUCCUUCCUAGAGAGCCAACCCAGGACCUCAUCGUUGCUGUAGCUCUGGUCUUGGAUCCUGUUCGCACUUCCUAACACCCCCAUCCCACAAAAUAGGUGGGGUGGGGCUCACCGGGCUCGAAGACCGAGGGAGGCAGCGGAGAAUCCCAUGGUAGAGCUGUGGCAGGCAAGGGAAAACAAGAUUCUGGCCUUUGAGAAGGGGACAGGUGCCCUGGGGCUUGUGUCUGGUAAGCUGCAGUGAGCUGGUGCAGUGAGCUGGUGCGCUGAGGAAGCAGGGCCUGGGCUGGGUCUCUGGAGCCUGUCCUGGCUGCCAGCCUGUGUGGAAAUAAAUCUGUCUUCACUGCA